AUGGACGACGAAUCGAACGCCAGUAGUAGCGGGAAGAUGCGGAUUGACGCCCUGGUCUCUGCCCAAUCGAUCAGCCCCACCGCGCCCAAGUCGGCGUCGUGGCUGGCGACCAACGGCGGCAACGGCGAGCAGCACCAGAUUCGUUCUCUGCACAUGCUGCUCAUCGAGGCGAAGCGGGCCGCGCUCGAGGACGCCUUCAUCGAGAAGCGCAAGGAGCAGAAGGUGCGAGCUACGACCGGUCCCCUGGACCAGCCUCAGCUGCGGCCAGCGCUCGCCACCAUCUCUUCCCUACCGAACCCCAUUCCCAUUCCACCAUCAUCUCCAUCUUCUACGAAGACGACUUCGUCGACGUCGGGCGUUCUCAACAAAAGGAUCUUUUCGCGAGGGCUCCACAUCGGUGCGGCGUCAUCAUCUGUCGAGAACCUGAGCUUCAGCGUGCUCAAUCGAACGAACAGUCCGGCCUCCAAGACUCUGCGACUACCACUCUCCGCCACCGCCGCCGAGGCCUCCAAGGAGAACAUCGACGUUAACCGACCUGCAGACGUCGAGAUGAAGAAGAUCACGUCGACGCCCCCAUCCUCUACUCUUCAGCAGCAGCCACAACCGAAGCUUCUCAAGCUCACCCUCGGCGCAGGGCUCCCCCAGCAACGACGACCACUCUCCAACCUCCCCACGCUCACUCGAACACACUCCUUCCCGCCGGCCACCUCGUCUCCUUCGACGCCGUCCCGGUCGACGACACUCAACGUGAGGAAGAGGAGCCUCGAGGCUUCGCCAUCUACAGCCGCAUCGGCGCGCAUUCUCGUCCAAUCGCUGCCCAACGUGAAGAUUCACGUGCAGAAGAAGAUCAAGCUCAUGCCGCGGCCCGCCGGUCAAGUCCAGGCCCGACCCGAGGGCGUGAAGAACGUGCUCGUUUACCACUUCUGA